GGCAGGGAGAGGGGUUCGGGUUUUCGGGUUUUCGGGUUUUCGGGUUUGUGCUUCCCGCGCAGCGCUCGCGCCCCGCCCGGGCUAGCCGCUGACGUGGACGGCCCCGGAGGCUCCUGAGUGAUGCCGGGAGCGUUGUAAUGGCCGCGAGCGCCUCGACCGAGGGGGCGCAGUGAUCCCGCUCCGUUUUAGGGGGGCGCCUUAAGGGGGAGGCUAACGAAGGCGAGCGCGGCUCCGGGGCCGUCUGCUGCGCGGGCUCCAGGCCGCCGUGCUACUAGAGACCCCGAGGAGGCUGACGCCCCCGCCCGCACCUGCAGCUACACCUGCACCCGCACCUGCACCCGCACCCGCACCUGCACCUGCACCCCCGCCAGCGCCGCAGGACCGGAUGACGGCGACGGGGACAUGCCGACCAACUGCGCCGCGGCGGGCUGCGCCACUACCUACGACAAGCACAUUAACAUCAGCUUCCACAGGUUUCCUUUGGAUCCUAAGAGAAGAAAAGAAUGGAUUCGUCUGCUUAGGCGCAAAAAUUUUGUGCCAGGAAAACACACUUUUCUUUGUUCAAAGCACUUUGAAGCCUCCUGUUUUGACUUAACAGGACAAACUCGACGACUUAAAAUGGAUGCUGUUCCAACCAUUUUUGAUUUCUGUACCCAUUUAAAGUCUAUGAAACUCAAGUCAAGGAAUCUUUUGAAGAAAAACAAUUGUACCCCAAAAGGACCAUCUAAUUUAAAACCAAACAUUAGUAGUCAGCAAGUACUACUUGAACACAGUUAUGCUUUUAGGAAUCCUAUGGAGGCAAAAAAGAGGAUAAUUAAACUGGAAAAGGAAAUAGCAAGCUUAAGAAAGAAAAUGAAAACUUGCUUACAAAAAGAACGCAGAGCAACACGAAGAUGGAUCAAAGCCACGUGCUUGGUGAAGAAUCUGGAAGCAAAUAACAUAUCACCUAAGGGCACAUCAGAACACAUUUUACCAACUGCCUUAAGCAGUCUUCCUUUGGAAGAUUUCAAGAUUCUUGAACAAGAUCCACAAGAUAAAACAAUACCAAUUCUAUAAAACAGUCAUUUAAGAUUAAUUGGCCUACAAGGAACUUGAGGCCCGUCCUUCAUUCUAUUCAAAGGUAAAGAUAUUUAAGGAAAUUGUACCAAAUUGGAUAUUUAAUAAAGUUUUACUUAAAAUAACAUUAUAUAAUUUAUGAAGACUUGAUUAUAAAAAAAAUGGAAACUUUCUAUGAAACUUUUAUUUGAAAAAGAAUGGAAGUGCCUUACUUAAGAAUUAUGUACUUAAAAAUUUUGCUAAGAAAUUGUAUGUUUGCAAGGUGUUUGUUUUUUUGUCUUUUAAAAUUACUUUUAAAGAACUGUGAUAUGUUUAAUUUAUAUUGGAAAAAAAUUGUUUUUCCUGUACCAGUGUUGGGAUAUUACAUUCUAAAUAGGAUGCUAAGUAGGAGUUAACCAACAUUAAAUAUGACUUUAAAACUGCUGGGUUUUGUAUUAAUUGAAUCAUUAUUGGCACUGGAUUUGGAAAUUUUAUAGGAAAAAAUUCUGAGGUAUAAGGCAAAUUCUGUUAUCUAGUUAAACUUUCUGUAUCUACUCACCAAUAAAAGUGAGCUAAUCAUGGCUUCCCUCAUGAAAAUAUUGGCUUUUAAAAUAGAUUGUAAAAAAAUAAAAUAAAAUAGAUUGUAAAAUAUUUUGAAAAUAAUAUUUUGAAAGUGAAGUACUCUUGCAUCAUCCAAGCAAGGUAAGGCCUCAAGAACCUCAGACUAGUGAAAAUAGGUAGCCGAUUAUAAAUCGUGAAAUACUCUAGACAUUGUGAUCUAGCUUUUACCUUAAAUAAAGCGAUAAAUUCAUAUUAUUUUUUCCUCAUAAUAAAAAUAUUUCAUAUUCAGUUCCAAAGAUGGUACAUUAAUUAGGCAACAUGAUACAAAGUUCUGUUAGGAAUACCCCCUUGCCUGCAUAUAUGUUGAUACCAAAACUCUUAUGCUGUUUUUUCCCCAUAAGCCCUCAUUAGGUUUAAUCACAGAAAGGUACUUACCAUAUUAUAUCUUCACAACUUACACUUUAAAAUGGAAUCAAUCUAUUGUACAUAUCAGCUUGCUUUUAUCUCCCUUUUUAGCGAGUCUAAUAGAGCAACUGUACUGCAGAAGGGAAGUGGAAUGUAUUUUCUAUAUAAAUACAUGUGUCUGAAAAGCUAUGCAAAUGCUAAUUAUUUUACAAAAUAGAACUAUGAUAGUUUCCACUUGAACUAAUUAAGCGGUUCACCAUAAUUCACCACAUAAAUUUUUUAUUUUAAUAAGAAUCCUUCCCUUCAAACGGCUUUGGGAAAAUCACAUUAAAUUUAUUAAUGUGUAAUCAAGUUAUUCAAUCUUAGUUCAGGCUUCUGACACUACCAUAUGAAAGUAGCAUGCAUCUACCUAACCAAAAUUGCUCUAAAGUUCUUCCUUUAAGGUAAUAGCUAUCUUAUUUUAUAAAGAAAUUUGGGGGUUUUAUUGGGGUGAAAGUUUUGUUUUUGAUGGUAUUUGCUUGGAUCCUAGCAAUAGUCUCCUUCCAGCAUUAGCACUCUUUCUUUUAAUAAGGAUUGCCUCCCAACCAACUAGAUUUCACAAAGGCAGGGAUAAGAAAAGUCUGUAUUAUUAUCAUCAGGCACUUACAACAAAUAUUUAUGAAAAUCCUUUUGUGAAUAUUGUAAACCUUGUUAGUCAUUUUAUUUUAAAUAUUGGACAUAACUCCUUGGAAUUGUCAUUGUGUUUUUUUCUACUAUGGUUUCAAAUAUCUCUUCACUUACCAUAAUGUUAUACCUCAAAAUAAGUUGGGCAAAUAAUCCUUUAAACAUAAACUGUUUUCCAACAAUAAACUCUCAUGUAGUUCAUCACCCCUCUCCAAUAUAAAACAAAGUACUAAUUAAUGAAGGUCAGUUCCUAUCUACAAUAGUAUCUUGGUAUCUUAAGGUAACAUUUAAAAAAUUACCCAAAAAUCCCAUAAAAUACAAGCUUUUGACAAAGUUAACUUAGACUUCAUUAUUAUUUGAGACUACUGAAUAAACUACCACUCAGUAAUUUUAAAGUAAAUUUUUUUGGUGUUUUCUCCAUGUCAUUGUCAGGUUACUGUCCUGAUAACAUGUUUUAAAUUCUCCCUGCAUCAAAUUGUUUCAUUAACAUACAGAUACUUGUCUACCUUAAAACUAGGUUCAUUCAUAGAGAAAAACCUAAAUCUUUUUAAAUCCUGUUUUCAGUAGUUGAUAAACUUAUCAUUUUGACCGUCUACCAUCUGCUCUUUUUCAUCUGCUGGACCCAACACAUAUGCUCUGUUCAUUCUCUGUUGUUAUUCAUUCUAUGCCUGCCAGGAACUAACCUCUACAAAGAACCAGCAAAAGGCUAAUGACUUUAUAUAAAGAUGACAUGAUUAUCUGCCCUUAAAUUCCUUAAGAGUCUCCUGAGAGAAAAAAAAUAUCUUUGUAAUACAGUAUGAUAAAUGUCAUAAACAAAAUAUAUGUGAAGUGCUUUGGUAAAUGCUGUUGAGUUAGAAUUUAAUAAGUAUAUAAAUUUUAGACCUUUUUCCCAAAAAAACUUUUUUCCUUGAAACAAAACAGAUUUUUCUUAUGACUUACCAAAGGAGAUAGAAAGACAUCAGUAUGGAACCUGAAUUAAAUAGUGUUUUCAUGAGUUGUAAAUUUUUCCCAUUGAAAAUGAACACUGAACAAAUUAGUUGUUAAUGUAUCUUUGUUAACAGGAAAACAUAACUGAAUAAAAUACUGUGUCAAACCCAAGUACCCAGAUUUAUUUGACAUUUGAUGUUUUUAUAAAAUAACGAUCUACUAACAGAUUUUUACAAAUAAUUCAGUGCAGAGUCUUAAAGUUAACAAAGCCCUAUGGUAUGCAUUAGCUCUCUUGUCCUUUACAAAUACUCUGUGGUGGGUGGCAUUAUCUCCAAUAUACAGAUGAAGAAAUCCUUGUUAACGUUAUUUAUUUACUUAGACGUUUAAUGUGUGCUUAUUGGCACAAGGAAUAGAAAUGCCAGCAGUCCAGGAAGUUCAAUCCUUAAAUUGAACAAUGGUGUUCAGCCUUCAAAUCCUCUGCUCUGCCCUCCACGUUAUAGCCCCCUAUCCAAAAUAUCAAGUAGGACAUCAUGUGUCUCAAAAAACUAAAAUAAAAAAUUUUUACAUGUGUAUAUACUUAAGAUAGUCUGUGAAGUCAGUAUAGAACUUUUCUAGGUAGACUUUAUAAUGUUUGUAUUUUAUCUCAUUUCUCAAUAUUAGAAUACGGGUACAUUUUAAUUUUGGUAUAAUUGAGAAAAUAGCUCAUCUUUAUGCCAGGACAUAGUUUUCUUUAGGUAUUUAGACAGUUGGAAAAUUUCUAAAAUUGAUGAUUUUAUAACGUAUGUUAAACAAUUACAUAUUGUAUUCUGAGUAUGUUGAUAUUAAACAUUUUUUACGAGGAAAUUACUGUCAUUCCUAUUAUUUUACAAAAAUGUACAUGAAUAUCUCUGGGGAAAUCUUUCCCCUAAAUGGACCCCCUAAAAUACUUCUGUAGAAG